AUGUCAGACACUCUUGAUACACUUGCUUCCGCUUCCAUUUCCACUACUGGAAAUGCAAUGUUAGCGGAAGAAAUUAAAAAAUAUAAAACGGAGGAGAUUGUUAACUUCUUGAGUAAGCAAGAGGACUUGGAAAAUAAUUCGCAAGCAAAGGUUAAUGUCUGUGACUUCCUUAAAACGAGCAUGGAGCGAUUUCUUAGCUAUGGAAUACCUGGUGGUCUGCUUCGAGACUCGCAGACUUUACCAAGUAGUAAUCGAAAUGGACCUUACCUUAGAACCCACUUUGAAGUCGUUGGUGAAGAAAAUACCGGCCAUGUUGAUUAUGAGAUCAAGGCUUUCGAGAGGUUUAUCUUAUCAUGGAAGGGAAAUCACAUGAGGUGGGAUUUGAAUCUGAUCCAAUGCGAGAGUGCGUUGCAAAUUAACAAGACAGAUAAUGACUUCAAGGACGAAUUCGACUAUAUUUAUGGAAGACAUACCGCUUGGCGAGUUUGCCUUGAAAAAGGAUUCGGGGAAAAAAAGUAUUGGUAA